UCGGAGGCCCUGUUUCCUGUGCAGUUGGCUUCCUUCUUACCAAGGAGCGGUCAGUGCAGCUUCUCUUGCAAAGCUGAGCUUGACACACAGAGUAACGCUUUGCCCUUUACCAAAUAUCUUCUCCCUUCUGAAGAGACACCAAGAAUAUCUUGGAAAAAUGGAGGACGAGGAAGGCUACAUGGCGCUUAGCAUCCAACCAAGGAAAAAGCACAAACAGAACCCUCAACAUCAGGAACCAGAAACCCUACUGCGACAUCGCCGGUGUUGUCAGAUCAUUUCUGGGGCUGGAGGCGCCGUGAUCCUGCUUCUGGCUGGAGCUGCCGUUGCUUUGCGUAUUUGUGCUUUUCAGAGGAAGUACUAUACGGAUCCUCUAGAGGAACCUGUUGUCCCUCAAGGCCGCAUCAAUGACACAGAAAACAACUCCAGACUCAAGAAUAUAAUCUCCCGCUUACAAGAGUUUAUGUGUAAAAUACCACAAAACAAGUUAACAGAGAGCUUCAGGUGCAAACUGUGCCCUGAAAAUUGGUUCCGUCUUGAGAACAAGUGUUACUGGGUCUCUAAAAUACAAGCAACCUGGCAAAUGGGUCAGGAAGACUGCAGAGCAAAAGGCUCUCAAAUGGUGGUGAUACAGAAGCAGGAGGAAGCAGCUUUUAUACAAAGUAUUUCUGAAGAGGCGCAGCUGCUGUGGAUUGGACUGAUGACCACAUUCCCCUUGGGAAAAUGGAUCUGGGAAGAUGGCUCCCCAUUAGAUGAAAACCAGUGA